AUCGUGUGGGCGGAGUCACGACAGUAGGUGCGGUGAGGAGCUUGAGCUAUUAUUCGCAGACGUUGAGGAAAAAUUUCUGAUAUACCUGCUCAAAACAGCGGCUCGGUAGUGGGGGAGACGAGUCAUACGGAACCGAGAAGGAUUUACACAGCUAAGUAUUUGUCUAGGUUACAUUAGGACGACGAAUUUGACAAUAUCGCAGUCAAAAACUGUAUUUACAUAACCAGCUUUCUUUGUAACGUUACGUUAUUCACGGCGGGGAGCAGCCACCGGUCUUGCCACCGUGUCUUCUGGUUGUUAGUGGCACCAGCUGCCUUAAAUUACAGGCCAUUUAAUUACUCUUUUAUUCAAUUAAACCUAAAUGGUGUAUUUAGAGUGCGGGCCUACCAACGGGUUCUAGUACAUGUAUAUUUAUACACGCAUUUUUCACUAUACAGAAAAACAAGUUAUACAAUAAGCCACGCUGCCGCUCGUCACCGAAGUAGGUCCUAAAGCCCGCCGAGUUGCUGGUUGUCACAUUGCCCGAGUGCGAGCGCUAUCUCGUGCCCAAAUGGUUCAGCAACCAACGGUUUCUAAAUUCUUCGUCAUUAUGGAAAAGGUUCUGCUAGAGCAGGGUUAAUUGCAAAGUUGGACUGCAUUACUGAAAACAACGAUUUGUAUGCUAAAAUCGCAUACACGCACUUGUCUUCUUACAUUUGGAUUCCCACUGUCCUCGUUUCUUUAUUAUUAUUUUUUUUCUUGGAUAUAAUUUUUUAAAGCACUGUCAGUGAGUCGGAAUAAGAGUGGAGUGAGCACAAAAAGACUUAUCUUUCAAAAAGGGAAAAAAAGGACUCGUCCAGUUGAGUAAUGGUCAUUAAUACGAUCCACUGGUUCAGGAAGGGCUUGCGGCUCCACGACAACCCGUCGCUCAAGGAAUCUCUGCAGGGAGCGGAUACUGUCCGCUGCGUCUACAUCCUCGACCCCUGGUUCGCAGGAUCUUCCAACGUUGGGAUCAACAGGUGGAGGUUCUUACUGCAGAGUCUUGAGGACUUGGACUCCAGCCUCCGUAAGCUCAACUCUCGACUGUUUGUGAUACGAGGCCAACCCACUGAUGUCUUUCCCAGACUUUUCAAGGAAUGGAAUAUUUCCCGCCUGUCUUAUGAGUAUGACUCUGAGCCCUUUGGGAAAGAACGAGAUGCAGCUAUUAAGAAACUGGCCUGUGAAGCUGGAGUGGAGGUGACAGUUCGCAUCUCCCACACACUCUAUGACCUGGACAAGAUCAUAGAGUUGAAUGGGGGUCAGUCCCCUCUUACCUACAAACGGUUCCAGACCCUGAUCAGUCGUAUGGAUGCAGUGGAGGUACCUGCGGAGUCCAUCACGGCAGAAAUCAUGGGGAAAUGCACUACUCCACUGUCCGAAGACCAUGAUGAAAAGUUUGGGGUUCCCUCCUUGGAGGAGCUGGGUUUUGAUACUGAAGGUCUGUCCUCAGCUGUGUGGCCGGGUGGAGAGACAGAAGCCCUCACACGACUUGAGAGGCAUUUGGAGAGGAAGGCGUGGGUGGCCAACUUUGAGCGUCCCAGAAUGAAUGCCAACUCACUGCUCGCCAGCCCGACAGGCCUCAGCCCGUACCUGCGCUUCGGCUGCCUCUCGUGUCGCCUCUUCUACUUCAAACUCACCGAUCUCUACAGGAAGGUGAAGAGGAACAGCUCCCCUCCUCUCUCACUCUACGGUCAGCUGCUGUGGCGUGAGUUCUUCUACACGGCAGCCACCAACAACCCCUGCUUCGACAAGAUGGAGAGCAACCCCAUCUGCGUUCAGAUCCCCUGGGACCGCAACCCAGAGGCACUGGCUAAGUGGGCGGAGGGCCGGACCGGCUUCCCCUGGAUUGACGCCAUCAUGACCCAGCUGAGACAGGAGGGCUGGAUCCACCACCUGGCUAGACAUGCCGUGGCCUGUUUCCUGACCAGAGGAGACCUGUGGAUCGGCUGGGAGGAGGGCAUGAAGGUGUUUGAGGAGCUGCUGCUGGAUGCAGACUGGAGUGUGAACGCAGGCAGCUGGAUGUGGCUCUCCUGCAGCUCUUUCUUCCAGCAGUUCUUCCACUGCUACUGCCCUGUGGGUUUCGGCAGACGCACAGACCCCAACGGAGAUUACAUACGCCGCUACCUGCCCAUUCUGAGAGGGUUUCCAGCCAAGUAUAUUUAUGAUCCCUGGAAUGCUCCAGAGAGUGUGCAGAAGGCAGCCAAAUGUAUUAUUGGAGUGCAUUACCCCAAGCCCAUGGUGCACCAUGCAGAGGCCAGCCGUCUCAACAUAGAGCGAAUGAAACAGAUCUACCAGCAGCUCUCCUGUUACAGAGGCCUUGGGCUUUUGGCUACAGUUCCGUCCAACUCUAAUGGUAACGGUAACAGUGAGAUGGGAUUCCCUGUUGAGGCUACACACAAUGCUGCAGCUCCAUCUGGCUAUCAGAUGCCGGUUCACUCUCAAGGAGACUGGCAAAGCGGUGUGAUGAUGUACCUGCCAGGUGAUCCACAAGCCAGCAUCAGCACACACCAUCAGGGUUACGCAGGCACCAGUGCCAGUGUGAUGUGUUACGCCCAAGGCACACAGCAGAUUCCUGGUCCUGCCAUCCAGAAAGGACCUGAACACCACUGCACUCCUCAGACCAGUGGCAAACGGCACAACGAGGACUCUGAGAACGGCAAAGGUUCUAAAGUCCAGAGACAGAGUACCCACUAGAAAGGAGUGUCUGCAGACUUGCUGUCAGUCAUACUGUGUACACAACCCAACACAAAAAAGACACUAAGACGUUUAUGUUACAGUACCACACUGUUGCAUGAACACACCUUCAGGAGGACCAUACAAACCCAUCAUAUAACGCAUUCACAAGUUUCUCAAGUAAUGGGACUGUAUAUUAUCAUGUGGACUGCGCGGCCCGGCCAGUACUGACAUCACUGGAGCAGCUGUAACACUGUGCUUGUGUUUGGGUUAAUAUUGCCAGGACAAAAGUCCUUGUGUAUAUAAUGAAUUUGCUAAUUUCAGCUCACAUACAACUUGUACAUAUUUGGAUAUUGUAUGUGUGUUUUCUCUAUUUGUGUAGCCAUAGACCCAUUGAUAUAUUUUUGAUACGAGAAAUCAUUGUGGAUGGAUCUUUCUCUUUGGAAAAUUUUCAAUAAAAAUGAAAGCAUUUAUACACAGUCCAUUCCAAAAAAUGAGAAAUCUUGUAUCUAUUCUAAUACAGCCGCCUGUCCUCUCAUUUAUUCAACUUCCCAAUUUUCUCCCUUUUGAGCCAUCCAAUGUAUCUAUCAACAGAAGUGUACUGAUCAUUUCCUUUCUCUCUCAGUACUAGUUAACUCGUUUUUUUCCUUACUACUGUAGAGGCAAAAUCAGUAUGAUGUUAACUAUGAAGUUAUUGCCCUUGUCAAUGGUUAGAGAAAAGGCGGCAGGAAUACAGAGUCUUCAUAUCAUGGUGCCCCCCUGUAUAAUCCCCCAAUAAAUGUACCACUGGAGAGAACUGCUUCACUUGCUUCUUGUUUCUUCUCUCAAUGUGCUUGUUUAAUUAAAACUGCAUUAAAUAUA